AGUAGCGAGGGGAACCGCAGAAACUGGGAGAGUUUAAUGUGUUGCUUCUAGCCUGCCUGUGUGAAGGAAUAACAGCUACGUGCUGGCACUGCAAGGGAAACGGCAUUGUCUGCACUAGCUAGUGACAAAGCCAAGCUCGCUCACGGGAAGCACAAAGGGAGCCUGGGCAAGUAGUGGGAUGCAGACUACCAGCCAAAUGAAUGCUUAGCAGAAUGUGAAGAUAUGCAGUCCUCAAAAGAUUAAUGAGUCAGAUCUGCAUUCAAGAGAGAGAGGUUGGGCCAGAUAGUGCUGUCUUUGUACAAUCAAAACUCCCACUGAAGUCAAGGAAGCACCAACAAAAAAACAUGUAAGGUAGUGCUGCAUGAAUGAAAACUAUCCAUAUAGCAAAUAAAUCACAUCUGUUGGAAUACGGCACUUUCCUCCUACAAAUUAUGAUUAUCUGGAUUCACAGAUCAUCUACCUACACAUGAAAUGUGCGAAAUACAGUAAAACGUUCUGAGUCACAAGCAGGGAGACUUAAUCUGAAUUCUGUUCCUGGAGGAGCUGGCUGAUAGUAGAUAUGGCUUCCUAUGGGAAUGAGAUCGAAAGAUGGAACCUCAAGCAAGCUGGCCAAAUUGCAGAACUGUUGGAGCCAGUGGCCUCACCUGAUUAUGGAAACAGGCUCUCGCCACUUAAGUCCAUCAGCAGCUUAGACCACCUCUUAGACUCUGCUUACAGCUCUUUCUCUGGUGGCUCAAACGUUCCAGAAUAUCAUUCUCCAUCAUAUUAUAAUGAAAACUAUUGCCUGCCCUUAGAGCAAUUGCCAUAUAUGGACUCGGAAUAUGUAAGAGGAAUUUAUAAUCCUAAUGCAAUAAACUCUGAUCCUAAACCCACACAUCAGCACAAGUCACUGGAGCUGGGUAGUCAUCACAACUCCGACGAUACUGGGCUCAAUGGACAAUACAGAAGCACUCCUACCCAUGGGACUUUAUGUCAGCCACCAUCACCUCUGGCUUUACCCCCUCGUCCACCAUCACCACCAGCACGACUUCAUAGCUAUAAAGCUACCAGGAAUUUUGAAAUUACAAGAGGGAAAUCUAAUUCUGGAAAUCAUUUUGACUAUAGUGUGCAACUAGCUACUUGUGCUCAGGAUAUUAGCAAUGUCCUUCUCCCCUCUGAUUCAGGGACAAACUGGGUAUUCAGGUCAAAGAACGAGGGGCUAAUGACUGAGGAAAGCAAAGAGAGGGAUCCAUCCCAAGAUGGCACAAAGCAAAACAAGCCUCAUAUUUUCAUCAGACCCUCCUCUAUUAUUUUUCAAGAAUAUUUAAAGUCUGACUCUUUGGCUAAGACCCCAAAUCUUUUCUGUACUCAGAAUUCAGUCCAAGCUUAUAAAAUUCCUGAGGAGGUGAACUGUAAGUCCUCUCAUCCACUGCAUACCAACCUCAGUGCUGUUAAUGAUACACAAGAGAACAAACAGUAUCUUUUUGCCUGUGGAGUACACAAACCACUCUUUAGAGAAGCAGAUUUGCAAAGCAGAGUCUCAGAAUCCAGCCAACAAGAGGGACAGUUUCCCUGCAUUCAGUGCCCAUGCUGGACUGAAGAGUAUUCAAGCUUGGAUCAGGAUGUAUUGGAGAGUAGGGCAGGCUUAAAAUACAUGGACAGUCCUCUUCUAAGUGAAGAUGUGUCUGAGAAACUGAACAGCUCCGAGGACAAGAAUCAGUGCUCUGGCUCCAAAGAAGAAAACAGGAAUGAUGUUUGGGAACUACUUCUCAAUCAACAUAUCAAAAUGCAGAAAUCACCACUGUCCCACAGCUUGGAUGGUGUAGAAACAGAGCCUACUCACCAUGGGGAAUUGGAUUUUGGAAAUAAGCAAUUUUCUGAUAGUGCUGACCAAACAUCUUAUUACAGACCAAACAAUGACUCCCCAUCUCAAUUUUCAAAUGGACUCCACAGUGAAACACAAUCUAACAAUAGCAGUCCUGACCUUAACAUGAACCCAAAGGAAGAGGACACCCUAAAUCCUGUUCACCAAAGAAAACACCAACGUGAAUUUCAAAAGAAGCUUGAAAGACAGCCUCAGGAUGAUUCUGCCAGUGAAAAAAUAAACAGGCAGACAACUCCUCUCCUUUAUUACCUUUCUGGUGGGAAAAACACCAACAUUCUGAGUCACAAAAAUCACACUCAGCAACAUGAGGACUCAGGGAGUUUGCCUAAGACCUCUCCAAGGAGCAAUCACCCUGUUUCUGCACAACCUAUAGAGAUAGAAAGAGAAAUUAACCAGCUUCAAAAGAACAAACACCACCUUCAGUGCACAGGGGAUGAUACCAUUAAUGAGACUGAUGAUGUAAUUCUGGGGAGCUCUGCUUCAUCGGUGGAUGAGAGUUUCAAGAACGAUUACAGGGAAAAACUUAAAGUUGCUCAAAGAAAGGUCCUGAGAGAAACAUCUUUCAAAAGAAAGGAUUUACAGAUGAGCUUGCCCAUCAGGCUGAAGCAGAAACCCUCCAAAAGACCUUCAAUUGAACAUCUCAGAUCUUUGUCCUUAUCCAGUGCAAAUGAGGAUGCCAAGUUGAUUCCUCUUCCCAAGUCUCUGGAAAACAGCAGCAAAGAAGAAGAAACAAAGAGGCCACAAGCUGCUCGAAUAGGAGGAAGAAAAAGGAUAACAGAAGAACAAAAGAAAUUGUGCUAUUCCGAACCUGAGAAGCUCAAUAAACUGGACGAUCGGCAAGAUCAGAGUGAUCUUGAAAGAUCGGAAAGCACCGGGGUCAGGUCGGAUGAAAUUAAUGAACAAGAUGCAAUGGCAGCCAGAAGGAAGAUUCUGGAAAACCGAGGGAGUGCGCUUGCCAGCUCCAAUCUCUCCAAGACCGAGUUGAAGCAAAUCCAGCAUACUGCACUUAUUGAAUACAUGGAACGAAAGAUUGCACAAAGGCCUGCUAGUGCUCUGCACAAACCGCCCCUGCAGAAGAGGCCUUCAAAUGCUAAGAGGCUUCCUGAGGGCAAGACUUCCAAACCAGAUAUUACCAGAAAGACCCAAAAUAAUGAGGUAAUCUGCCAAUUUCUCUCUCCAGAAAGAAUUCCAGAACCCUCCCCUGCUUUAAUUGCCACAGGGAUCUGGACCAAUAGACACAGUGCUAGUUCUUCGGCUACUGAGACAGCACAUUCAAAACCCACGUCUGCUGUCAGGGAAACAGAUGGAAACUGCACCAGCAAAUGUGCUUCAGCUGAAAAUCUCAUUCCAUCAGUGGCUUCUGCAUCCAGCAAAGGUCGAGAACGAUCAAAAUCGUCAUCUUCUCCUGCACAGGACCUUCAUAGAUGUACAACUUUCCCGGCAUCAUCAAUUCAAGGUUGUGAAAACUAUCCCAGCAUCCCCAGCUUUCCAUCAAAGAAUGAAGUUGACUUGGUGGAGGAAAAAGACUGUGUUAGAGAUGAAAAACAGCGAGUCUGCACAGCCAGAGGAAGGGGAAAGUCUAUGGAAGAAAUUGGAAUUUCAGAAACUGUAAGACUUUCAUUGUUGAGCCAAAGCACAGAUCAGCUUCAUCACAUGAAAAGCCUGCACAUCUUGCCAGUGCCUGGACUUGAACGUGGUAAAAACAGCUCAGCUGCAAACCAUCAAAGUGAUCUGCACAGCACCAAGUCUGUAUCAGGAAAUCUGCCCAGACAAACAAAUACUGAAGACGUUGUGGGGCUCAAGAGAUCAGAUACAACGGUCCAAACACUUGGAAGGCUUCCUAGCACAACAAAGCCCUAUGGCAUUUCCUUAAGUACUGAAAAUCUAUCCCCAUGGUGUGUAUCCUCCCUGGGCACAUUGCAAUCUCCACUAUUACAUUCAGAGUCUCCUCUUCAUUCUCCACUGGCCCUGUCUUCUGUGGAAGAAGACAAUGUUUUCUUUAAUGACUCCGUCACCAAUGGCUUAGAAAUAACAUCAAAGCCUUCCUGUCUCUAUGGACAAAGUGAUACUUUAGUUUCAAGGACAGACAUGCCAGAAUCUCUCCUGACUGUAUUGUCUUUGCAAGUUGCCUUGGAGGGAAAGCAAAGUAAAGCAGAACAAAAAGCCAGACACCAGAUUCCUGAGAAAGAGGAAUCCAGUCUUGGAGGUCGGCAUGAGGAGAAUAAAGACAGUAGUACAGUUGUGAAUUCAUGUUGUCCAGAUGUCAAGGAACUAACUCCUGAAAUCCCUAUCCUGUUCCCUAGAAGAGGAGACAAUGAAGAGACUCAGGUGGAAAAAGAAUGCAGUGUAAAAUCUCUGGUUGGCAAGGCUUCAAAGGGAACCCCACGGCAGCAAUUAGAGUCAAAUAAUAUUGCACUUUCCCAGGAAAAAAUAAAUUGCCACACAGCAUCAUUAGCUCAGUCCGAGCAAGGAGAUCAAAUCAGUAGUUCAGCCUUAAAUGAAAAAGCAGCGUACAAUGGCCAGAAUUGUGUCCUGCCAGAAAAGGAGACAGACUUUCCUAAAAGGAGACUGAAAUCCCCUGAAGACCAGAGAUAUGAAGAACUUGCUAUGGAGAUCAUUGCCACAGACAAUUCUCUGGCUGAUAUCCUCAUCCCUCGUCCUACUAGAAAAACUGCUCUAGACCUCCUGGAGGGCCUUUUUCCUGUUAACAUUUCAAUUUCUGACAGAUCACACCGGAAUAAGGGAGCUAGGAUGAGAGAAGAGGUGCAGCCUGUCCUGGAAAAUGAGAGCGGGAAAAGUAUUGACGGUCCAACAGAACCAUGUUCUGAAACUGAUCACAGUGCAGGUCCGAGUACAGAAGAUCCCAAUUCUAACAUGAACCAAAUCCUAGUUGAGAACAGAGAUGGCUCAAAUGACCUUGAUGACAUCACUUCCAAGAAAAAGGAACUUAUUUCUAGCAUCCAAUCCAAACUGCAGACCCUCUGGGAAGAAAGGGAACUUGUCUUAUCCGAAACCAAGGAGUAUGCUCUGCGUGGCAAAGAGCUAGAGGGAAUGGUACAAGAUGUCUGCAAGCCCAAUGAGUAUGAGCGCUACCAGAUGUUCAUUGGUGAUCUGGAAAAGGUAGUGAGCCUGCUGCUCUGUUUGUCCAGCCGCCUCGCUCGAGUCCAAAAUGCCAUGAGGAAAAUCAAUGAGAAUACAGAUGCUGAGGAGAAGCAAUCAUUACAUGAACGGCACAACCUCCUGACUAGACAGCGGGAAGAUGCAAAAGAUCUGAAAGAGAACCUGGAUCGCAGGGAAAGAGUGGUUUCUGGUAUCCUUUCCAAAUACCUGACUGACCAGCAACUCCAGGACUACAAACACUUUGUUCAAGUGAAGACCUCUUUACUGAUUGAGCAGAAAGACCUUGAGGAGCAGAUUAAAUUUCUCGAGGAGCAGCUGGAGAGCCUAGAGAAGAGCAUCCUUCUCUGAGCCACAUCAACAGGCCAUCCACUUCCAGGAAUGGAGGAUUCGGGCAUUGUGUUGGAACUUCGUACAUAUUCACUGCAUUGCUGCUAAGACAUGAACAUGGAUCAGUUUGAUGAAUUCCUACUAGUGUCAUAGUGUUGAUAAGUGCUUAGAUGGUCUAGGGACAUGUUGGAAGGGUUUUUCCUCUUUGGAUGAGCUGAAUGACAAAAUCUUACAGUAUGUAGCAGAUUGCAUCUUGAAAAUGACUGAUGAGACGUGUCACCCUUAUUAAUUUGACAUUUUCCCUUCUCCCUGUCAUCUGCCCAUUUCCAAACUGACAUCAUCUCAAUAAAAGACUCAUAAAAAUAUUUCCUCUUUGUGGGUGGGUUGAAUAUUCAAAAUAAGAAAUUAUGUGGGUGUUUGAAUUGUGAAUUAAAGAGAGGAUAAACAACUCCAAAGCACAAUGCCAUGGGCCACUUAGUGAAACUCCUCUGACAAUUUAAUGAUAGCUGUCCCCGGUUAAUACCUUCAAGUGACAUGUAAUAAUGGAACAUAUUGUCACCGGAAUAAUACUGAACUCUUUUAAUCAGCAAUAAGCCCCCCGGCCUUUUGUGACUCUGCAGCUGUAGAAUGCAAUGGCUAUUUCAUCUGAAUCUGGGUGGGAUGUUCAACAGAAAACUCACGAGGACUGCAAGAAGAGCUGUGGGCAUGGGUUCCCACAGGCCAGAGAGAAGUAUUUAGUGGUGAAGUUGACAUAAAGGGAUGCUCUCAAAAAUGGUAAAUCCAAAAAUUGCACCUACCCUCGCUAUCUGCAAACUCCACGCAGUGCUUCCUCGGUGACUGGCACUAAGUGAAGAAAAACAAACAAACAGUGUAGCAAUAAUUUGAAAAACAAUCACCCAGCACUUAUUAUGGACCCUGCCAUGAAAAACCACUGUGCUGUGAUACAAAGUGGUUGAAUUUCAAAGAGUUUUUGUAAACCAUGAGUACAAAAAAAAAAAAAAGAGAGACUUUAAAAGGCGGGGAAAGUUACUUGACAAUGUCCUUUUAAAAUAAUGUGUAUUGAAGGUCUUUCAAGUGAUAUUACUGUAUUGAAAUUGUUUCAUUUAAUACUCCUUUACCACUAGAUAGAUACUCCUUUAUCACUAGGUGUAUCAGCUGUAGGUUCCCUGAACAUCAAAUGAGAAGUUCACGAAUCUAACUGGAGCUUCUUCCAGAUCUGGGCAAGAGGGGAAGGCAGGUCUUGACGUUUUCACAAGUGACAGAAGUCACCAACAUUUGUUAUACUGAGAAAGGGAGACAAUUUUAUCCCCUGCAUCAGAAAGAAAGGCUCCUUGGGUCUGAUGCAGCAUAGAAAACUUUCAUGGUUGAUGCCCAUGGAACUUUCAUACAUGCACAGCCAGUGUUCAUAGAACCGUGUUGCAAAUAAAUCUCACUAUUAAUUAUCAUCCUUUAUUUCCCCCUACCAAAUAUUGUGGGUUUUUUUCCUUCAGAGUCUUGAGGUUCCCUCUCCACUUAUACAUCCUGCUUCCCACCAUUAAAUACGUCACUCAAUCACAGGUGGAGGUGGCUCUCUGGGGCUGGCCAACCCUCAUACCUGCCAGCGGAGGUUACUAAAGCAUGAGCACAAGAUACCCCCUCUGCCACCAGACUGAGCAGGUUCCCACUCCUAGAGGUCAUGAUUUCUGAUCCUCCAUAUUACACUGCCCCAAAAACCCUCCACCCAUCCCCCUUUCCUGAUUUGCUCCAGCUUUAUCUGCUUUUCUGGGAUCAGCUGCAGUGUGGUGGCAUUCUUCUAUGUUGGCACUUCAGUAAGGGCAUACUAAGAACAAAUUAUGUGAGAUAGCCCUGCACGCAAGGUGAUUCCCCUUGCCCCCCACCUACCUGCCUUUGUUAGCAGUAAUGAAAAGGUUAAUCUUUAUUUUGUAGAAUUGAUAUCAGUAAUAAAAUCUGUUCCUCUUGGCUCAUUUUGAACAAAAGUCCUCCAGAUCCGGAGGUGAGAUGAGUAAUUAAAAAAAGACAUGUUCUCAUUAUUUUUCAGUUCUUGCCUUGCCACAUAACUUGCUGAAUGUGAGGGUUGUCUGGUUACUUAGUAUGCAGCUGUACAAUAAAUGGAACCAUGGUUCGAUACAGCCCAGACACCAAUGAAAUUGUGCUCGAAGAGGCACUGGUCUUCUCAGAGGGAAUUGCUUUUAAAGCUUAGCUUGCAUGCAGGUUUCACAACACAGAGUGAAAAAUACCCUGUCAGUGAUGCUACGAACAGCCUUUGCUGCUAUAAUAAGCCUUGCCUUCAAUUCUUGAAAGUCUGUGACACACGUACUGUAUGCUGCCUGUCUUUUAAAUGUAUUUCGUAUAAGGCACAGAACUGCUUGGCCUAGGAAGCAGAUAGCAGUGAGCUGAAACCAAAUAACUUAAAGUUUACAAGAGAAUAUUUAUUUCACAAUCAAGAGAGCUCGAUGUCGCCAUCUUCCAGAAACACCCACAACCAGGAGAGAGCCAGGGGCAAGGAAAGCUCAGCGAGGACCCCGAGGAGUUUUACUCAUACUUCCAACAUGGGAGCUGGGGCGGGUUUUGAGCCUCCCCCACACAACAGUCAGGUGGCUCAGCUCCAGAUGACCUACAUGGAUUGAUGGGAAUCCACUGCAGGCCAGGGCCAUCUGUACAAAAGCUUACUACUGCCCAUCUUCCUGGAGCUCUUCCCCUGCAAUCUUCUAAAGGAGUGUUCCACAGCACAGAAAGGGCUUAACAGAAAACUCUGAAAGCUUCAGGCUUUAAGGACUUUUGCAAUGGAUCUCUUGCAGAAUUGGGAAUAGGUCCCAUCCUAGCCUGACCCUUGCAAUCCACAAAGCCCCAUCCACAUGAGGGCCUCCUUCGCACGAGGAGCCAAGUGCAAUAUUGCCAACCCCAAGCAUUCAAAAAUAAUGCAUCACACUCUCCCCAAUCAUGAAACUGGCUUAAAAUUAUGUUCUAACAGGUAAUAAUUCUUGUUGUUUUUUUUUUAAUUUGCCAUACUUUAGUAUUAGGAUACACUCAAGCCACGUUUUCAGACUUUCAUCUGCAAUAAUUUUUUCUCUGUAACCUCAGACCUUUUUUUUAAAAAAUAAAUCCAGAUUCUCUCAUAUGCACAGGAUUCCAAGAGCUGGGACUUGAAGAAAACCACCAAGUAGCAUGAGACUUGUGAUAAAAUUGUGAAAGCUGGCAACACGGCAAGUAGUACAAUCUGGCCCCAAAAUACUAUUCCAGUCUUAUGUCCAGUCCAAAUUGUGUCUGCCUUAGUCAUGUGACUAAUUUUAGUGAACUCAGUACUGGUAUUAGCAGAAUUUGGAAAGUCAGUAGCUAUUUUAGACUCUAUAUGAUUUUUUUUAAAGGUACAGUAUGUUAUGCAUUUCAACUGAAUAUUUUAGCACAAUUUAUCAAAACUGUGGUAUUUUUAAAUGUUUCUUUCCUCCCCCUUCCCGAAAACUGGAUUAGUGUAAAUUAAAUGCAGAUGAUAUUUCUAUGCAUUUAAAAAUUUAUUAAGCCAUAUUAGUGCUUUGGAGUGUUGGUUAUGCUGAAAUAUAGAAUUAUGGACAGAGAAAUAACACAUUUCUUUCCAACCAUCUGCUUCAUUAUUGUUUCAUUACCUGUCAGUAGCAAACACUCAUCAUCAUUCACAGAGAUCCUUGUAUAUUAUUGUAUGUACAUCUUUAUACAAUGGAAGAAUAGGCAUCAAUGAGAAAAUGCCUUCCUAUCUCAUGCUGCUCUUCAUGUCUAGACAGACAGACAGACAGACAGACAGAAGGUCUUCAUACAAGAGUAUUUCAGUGCAAUAGAUAAUGUAACAGACAUAGCAGAAAAUACAUCAGAUGUAGAUUAUUUUCAAAAGCAUUUUGGUCCUGAUUCUCCUCUCACACAAUCAGGGGUAACUCCACAUAAGUCAGUCAAGUUCCACCAGGAUGAAGCCAGUGUGAGGAAAACUAGACCCUUCAUGCUUAAAUGACCUCUCCUGAACAGCAUUUCGAAAUGAGUGCAUGAUUUACCAACAACAUGAAGUUCAAGGUACCUUAAAAAUCUCCAUCUCCCCACUGUCAGGUGAAUCAAGCCACAAAUUUACGUUCAGUAAAAACAAACCUAAGUAGUAAUACAAAUAUUGUAAAUAUUUUAAAAGUCCAACUAAAUCAGUGUUGGGUUUGGAUUGAAACAUUUCUCCUGCACUGUUUGCAACUCAGGUAUUAUAGCCCUGGAAUCAGAACAUGAGACUGAAAUUAACUCAUUAGUAUAGUUUAACUGUCUAGGAUGAAGGAAGUACACAAAAGAAACUGUAGAAAUAGCAAUAAGCAAAUUAGGCCCCAAUUCUGCAUACAAUCAUGUACAUUAACUCAGUGGGACUACUCAAAGUUAAGCACAUGCAUGAAUAUUUGCAGGAUCCGGGCCUUGGUCUCAAUAAUCUAAGGUAUUAUUAAUAACCCAAAGAAACCUUUUACUAUAUAAAGAUUUAACAUGACAGUGCCCCUUCAGAAGUGGACUUUAAAAAAAAAAAAAAAACCCUACAAAUUAAAUGUUCAAGGAAUGGACAAUUCUAAAAGAUCAUUAUGGAUAUUCUUGUUAAAUCUAUUGAAUUGUUUGUAUGAAUAUAUAUCACGAAGUUUGAUUUGAAGGUGCAAUGCUUUUUUUCUUUCAACUGCUGCUCCUUAUACAGAGAUGUUUGCCAGGAUAACCACUGUAGUUCAAGCUUAACUUUAUUAGAAUGAAUAAAAGUUUUAAACCACU